AUGGGUGAUAAUAAUUCUAAUAAUUCUGAUGGUAUGCAAUUAUUAAAGACUCUUCUAACUGCAGAUGUACCCUCCGAAGGAUCUGUUAUGUAGUCUAUUAGAAAUGUAUAUAUAUAAUUUCUAUAUAAUAGAAAGUGAAUUCAUUACUCAAUAAUAAAUAAUAGAUAUCCAUUUUAUAAGAAUUACAAUAAGCGUAUUAAAUCAUUUGAUUAUCAUUUUAGAAAUCUUGAUAAUGAAUUCAAAGAAAUGACUGAUAAUACAUUAAUGGGACUUAAUGCCAUCUAUUUUUCAUCGGUUAUACUCACUUAAUUUAUGUUCACUAGAAAAGUCAGCAAAGUUGUAUUUCUUCUCAGUUGUGCUUAUUUCAACUUCUACAUCAUUCAACCAAUUGAAAUUGAAUACAAAUUACGUAAAUUAGCAUUACAAAAUACUCUUGCAGGAUAAGAAGUUAGAAAUCUUUAUAGAUUUUAUUUUAAAGAUCAUGAAUUUACUAAAGAAAUGACAGAAAAAUGCAAAUUGUAAACAUAAGCAGAUGAAAUAAAAAAAUAAAUAUAUUCCAGAAAAUUAUGAG